CUGGCCAGCAAUGCGAAUCAUGAACCCUUCCUCGCUACAAGCAUAUCAGCCGAACAGUGGACGGCAAAUUCCCUUUCGAUAUGCAGCCGUUUGAAAAAUGCCUGGAAGGCCCUUGCUCCUCCCAGUGUCCCACCCCCAACGGGUCGCUGAUCGUUGAGCGAUGUUUCCACACCUUGUCUAAACGUCCCCCACCCAGUUGCCAGUCGUUCGCUCGUGACAAGCCGCGCUGCCAUAGUUGGAAAUGUAAAAGCCUUGUGGUUCCCCCACCGUGCUUGCGGGUUGGUACCAUAUCGCUCGCGGAUACAUCAGUCUACGCCGUGAGCUACGAACGCCUGGAUUCUUGAGAGGGCUGGCUGGCCUCGAUGACUUUGGGGGAAAAUGGCGGCCUCCCCGGAACUCAUCGCUGAGAUGCUUCGCAAUCCUCCCGAUCCUAAUGAGCCAUUGCCUGUGUCGAAUCGCCCGGAGACGCUCUUUGGAGUGAUUGUCCCUCUUAUCGUUCUCACAUGGGGUUCCGUACUUGGACGAUUAUGGGUCCGUUUUCGUGUCGUCCGCGAUCCUGGCUGGGAUGAUUUCUUCAUUGUUUUAUGCUGUGUAUUAAAUACGGUAGCGGGGGCGAUCGUCCUGAAAUCCAUUGACUAUGGGUUGGGCAGACACAUGCUAUACCUACCUCCCGCAUCCGCGGUGAAAUACUUCAGGUGCUUCUACUUUGAAAACGCCUUUUACGUUACCGACACUGCACUCUUCAAGAUAUCCCUACUCGUCCAGUACCUCCGCAUUUUCAAAGCAGGCUACAUGCGAUGGACAUGUCUGGCCGUCCUCGCUCUGGUCUCGCUCUGGGGCGUUGCAUAUGCCGCCCUCGCGUGGUUUCCCUGCUGGCCGAUCAAGCACUACUGGGCCCGUCCAUCAAAUGCCAAAUGCUGGGGCUACGGCUUCUCCGACCCCAAAAGCUUCGUCCAGACGUUCCAGAGCCACUCGGCUGCGAAUAUGGUGUUCGACAUCACCAUCUUCCUGAUGCCGAUGAUCCUCUUCUCCAAGCCGGAUCUCAAGAAGAGAAGUAUCAUGGCAAUGGUGGGGAUGUUCCUGCUCGGCGGGGCCGUCAUCCUAACCUCUGUAUGGCGCCUCUACACCGUCAUCGAAAGCCGCGCCGCAACGCACCCCUACCUAGACUUCACCUGGUGGCCCGCAAUCUCCAUCAUCCUCUCGUGUCUCGAAGUCGCCCUAGCCGUCAUGUGCGCAUCCAUCCCCAUCUUCUGGCCCGUAAUCGAAGACCGCAUUUCCCAGAUCUUCGUGACGCACGAGAUCCGCGUCAGCGAGCACCGGCGCCUCGACGAGAGCGAGAAUGAAAACGCGUACGAGCUAGAGCAGACGGACAAGGCUGCCAGCGUCAAGAGCGAGCCGAGCGGGAGGGAGAACAGCGAGGAGCAGUUGACGAGGGAGUCGGUGCAGGUGGUGUUGACGGAUCCGUUUAAGCAUUAUAAGGAUGAGUAUGUGGUUGCGCAUGUCGAUCCGCUCAUCAGUGAGAAUAGGCAGGGGAAGGCGCUGCAGGUGGAGACGGAGGUGCAGACGGGGCCGAGGCAGAAGUGGAAAAUAUAGAUGGGAAAAGAAAAGUUAUGCAAAUGGGUUGGGCGGUAUUUUGUGCUUUGUGUUUUUAGAAGAUACCCCGAAUGGUUCGAAAAUAAGAUGGUUUGGCGUUCUGCUUUGCAUUGUUUGAGGAAUUAUG